UUAAAAUGCGAUUAAAAUUAAAUCGCGCGAUACAAUUCAUCGCAUCGCGCGAUGAUUAUAAUAAUAAUAAUAAUAAUAAUAAUAAUAAUAAUAAUAAUAAUAAUAAUAAUAAUAAUAAUAAUAAUAAUAAUAAUAAUAAUAAUAAUAAUAAUAAUAAUAAUAAUAAUAAUAAUAAUAAUAAUAAUAAUAAUAAUAAUAAAACAUCGCCAUCGCAAAAAUGCGAUUAAAUGCGAUGCGAUGCGAUUUUUU